GUCGCGGGAGGAGCCUCGUAGGGCAGGAAAGCGACCCUAACGGCGCCCCGAAGCUUGUGCCCCUCCAGCGCGCCGUGACCCCGGCCCGGGCUGUCACCUCGCCUUCCCGGUCCCUAAUGGCGCUGCUCCGACGCCCGACGGUGUCCAAUGAUUUGGAAAACAUUGACAGAGGAAUUAAUUCUAAAACAAAGAGCCAUGUGACUAUUAGACGGGCAGUUUUAGAAGAAAUUGGAAAUAGAGUUACAACCAGAACAGCGCAAAUAGCUAAGAAAGCUCAGAACGCCAAAGUACCUGCUCAAGCCACCAAAACGAAAAAUGUCAACAAACAAGUAAAACCUACUGCUUCUGUGAAACCAGUACAGAUGGAAAUGUUGGCUCCAAAGGGUACGUCUCCCCCGCUUGAGGAUGUCUCCAUGAAGGAAGAGAAUCUGUGCCAAGCUUUCUCUGACGCCUUGCUCUGCAAGAUCGAAGACAUCGACAAUGAAGAUGGGGAGAACCCUCAGCUCUGCAGUGACUACGUUAAGGACAUCUAUCAGUAUCUAAGGCAGCUUGAGGUUCUGCAGUCCAUAAGCCCACGUUUUUUAGAUGGAAGUGACAUCAACGGACGCAUGCGCGCCAUUCUGGUGGACUGGCUGGUGCAAGUCCACUCCAAGUUCAGGCUUCUGCAGGAGACGCUGUACAUGUGCAUUGCCAUUAUGGACCGCUUUUUACAGAUUCAUCCUGUCUCUCGUAAGAAGCUUCAGCUGGUUGGGAUUACAGCUCUGCUCUUGGCUUCCAAGUAUGAGGAGAUGUUUUCUCCAAACAUUGAAGACUUCGUUUAUAUCACAGACAAUGCUUAUACCAGCUCCCAAAUCCGAGAAAUGGAAACUCUGAUUUUGAAAGACUUGAAAUUUGAGUUGGGUCGACCCUUGCCCCUACACUUCUUAAGGCGGGCAUCGAAAGCUGGGGAGGUUGAUGUUGAACAGCACACUUUAGCCAAGUAUUUGAUGGAGCUGACUCUCAUUGACUACGACAUGGUGCAUUACCACCCUUCUAAGGUAGCAGCGGCCGCUUCCUGCUUGUCUCAGAAGGUUCUAGACCAAGGAAAAUGGAGUUUAAAGCAGGAAUAUUACACCGGCUACACGGAGAAGGAGGUGCUGGAGGUCAUGCAGCACAUGGCCAAAAACGUGGUGAAAGUAAAUGAGAACUUAACGAAGUUCAUCGCCAUCAAGAAUAAAUACGCAAGCAGCAAACUUCUGAAGAUCAGUGCGAUUCCUCAGCUGAACUCCACGGCUGUCAAAGACCUGGCCUCACCACUGAUGGGAAAGCCAUAGGCUGCGGGGCUCAGGCUGGCAACUCUUCACUUUGUACAUAGUCCUUGGGUCUGUUCCACGAAACCUUUCUGAGACCUACUUUCUAAAUGUAUAUUAAGGAAAAAUAAAGCUAUUGAUUUUUCUUAAGGUAUUCCGUGCGUUU